CACAAUGAUUAGGCACAACGUGAAAAAAUCAAGUUUAUAUUUUUUGUUAUUCUAUUCCAUUUAUUUUUAUAUACUCGCUUCUCUAAAACAUUGUUAUCAAAUUUCGAAAAAUCGCCAGUAUCGAUAUCAACGGGAAUAAUGGAUAAGCCGGUCGAAACUCAAUCAAACGAAGAUGAGCUGGAUAUUCAGUUUAAGGAGAUUCUUUGCGAAAUCAGAAAGCAUAUUCCCUUCAUCAAUUCGAACGCUUACCUGUUCCAGUGCCGAAUAUGGUUGGAAAAGUUAAGCGGUCCAGAUAUGGAUAAAGUCUUGAGAAAUCUGUAUUUGAUCGAACUGUGUAAUCAGAUAGAGAAUAAUAAACUUUGUCCCCCUUUUAACGAAGCACCACCGGCAGGAAACCUUAAGAGUUUCAGUAGAAUAAGUAUGAAAAUGCCGAAUAAAUCGAUUUUACCUCAAAUACAAAGCAGGAGCAACUUAUCUCGCUCAGCGAAAGCACUAAUAAGCGCGCAACAGAAGAAGGCAAAUAAACGAUACGCGCCUAAAGAUAUACAAGGAAAUAUAGAAAAAUAUUUUGAAAGGGAAAGGGACCAUAGCAAAGGUAUUUCUGAUAUAUUUGUGCCCAUUGAGACGAUCAAACCGAUAAAAUCCACGAUAAAACCCAAAUCGACUCAACUGCCGAUGAGAAGCCAAUCCCAAACCAACAAAUUUAGCUGCGGGGAGCCUAUACAUUCCAGCCAUUCUAAUAUCAAAUACGAAACGACUGCCAGCGAUAAAACAGAGUGUAUUAGUAGAGAAAUAGCAAUAGAUGGUACUGAUGACUCUUGGUCGGAUAUAACUGAUCAGGACGAGGAAAUUGAUGAUAAUACGAUCAAAUGCGAAAUAGAUAAGGAUAAAGAAUGUCCCAAAGUCGUGGAAGAAAGAUCUACUAAACCAGUUGAAACAAGUGAGCAGAGAACUAUAGUGUCACAAACGGAGGAAGACAAUAUAAUAUUUAGUUACAAUCUUAAAGACAUGAAUUUUAUUUCUGAAGAUUGGAAAAAGACUAUAGCAGCGUUACAGUUGAGACUGUCAGAAAUGACACAUCAAAACGACUACCUAAAUUCGAUCAUACAGAAGAUGGAAAUCAAGAUUGAUGAGACUAAUGCUCAACACCAAGCAGAAAUUAGUAAUUUAGAAUAUGAACAUAGCAAUAAAAUUGAAACCCUCAAAAACAAUUUUCAUGAACAGAUAAGGAAUAAAAGUAAAAUAAAUGAUGAAUUAAUCAAUAAGAAAGAUGAAGAAAUUUUCAGAUUAACAGACAUAAUUCAGAAACGUUGCCAACAAAUAUCAAAUGAAAUAUCUUCUUUACAAAACCACCUGACGAGUUGUGAGUGUGACAAAAAGUUAGGCCUGCUCAAAAAAUGUGUAUCGAAAAUGGACAAAACUUUCAAACGUUCGGAAAGGGAAUAUCUACGGCAGAUAGAAAAGUUAAAAGAAGAUCUAAACAGUAAAGAAAUCUCCUUACAGAUUCAAUUAAAUGCUCAAAAGACCGAAUUACUAAAACAGACCAACGUAAAUCUUGAGGAAGAAUUCAAUAAGAAGUUAAACGCACUCGAAAUCAAAUACAUAAAAAUGUUGGAAGAACACGAGCAAGAAAUGAUGGAGAAGAAAAAGCACGAUGAGGAAGAAAUUGUAAUUUUAAAACAGCUUCUCACAAGACAUGGAAUUUCUUAUGAUAAUAUAGACGUUUAAAAGUU